AAUAUUUGGGAAGAGCCUUCAUUUCGUUGGGAUUUUAAUUUGUUUUUCAGCGCAAAACCCUAUCAAAAACCUUCAUCCCCUUCCUUAUCUCUAGAAUAUCCCCACUCCCUAAACUAAACUACCCUUUCUUUACACAAUGCUAGUUGUGGCAUCAACAACACCCUUUGCAUUCUAUCAUCCUCAGCACAACAAUAAUUCCUCUCCUCCAUUUCUUAAAACAAAAGAUUUCGCAACUACUAGUAAAUCCCCCCUUUUUUUACAACCAUCAUUAAUUCAAUUAUCAUCAUCUAGUACCAGAAUUCCCCUCUUACCACUCGCUACACAACCUUCCGCUGGCAAAUUCCUCAGACAGGAUUACCUUGUUAGAAAGUAUUCCGCUAAAGAGAUUCAGGAGCUAAUCAAAGGAGAUAGAAAUGUCCCGCUGAUAAUCGAUUUCUAUGCCACUUGGUGCGGCCCUUGUAUAUUGAUGGCUCAAGAGCUUGAAAUGCUUGCAGUUGAGUAUGAAAGCAAUGCCAUGAUAGUGAAGGUUGACACUGAUGAUGAGUAUGAAUUUGCACGUGACAUGCAGGUUUGGGAUUUGAAGACUACUGAUUGUCUACAAACAUUCAAGCCACCACCUCCAUUGAGGGGUGGUGAUGUUUCUGUAAAUUCCGUUCACCUUUCCCCCAAAAAUUCUGACAAUGUAAUAGUUUGUAACAAGACAUCAUCCAUCUACCUUAUGAUUUAA